AUGCUCAACCCGAGUACAACAACUCCUGUUAAAACUACAACACCAACUAUCCCUACAACAACUGCUACCCCAACAACCACCACUGGCCCAACUACAACAACUUUUAUCCCAUCAACAACUGGAGCCCAAUCAACAACAACUUCUGCUCCAUCAACUGCCAGCUCUUCAACCGCGAGCACCACUCAAACUACAACUGCUGCAGCAACCACGACUGCUGUAUUGAAAACAACUGCUGACUUGACAACAACCACCAUUGGCCCAACUUCAACAACCAGUGUUCAAACUACAACUACUGCUUCAUCAACAACCACCACUGCUCCCCCAACAACCACCACUGGCCCAACUUCAACAACCAUUGUUCCAACUACAGCUACUGCUUCAUCAACAACCACCACUGCUGCCCCAACAACCACCAUUGGGCCAACUUCAACAGGCAGUGUUCCGACUACAAGUACUGCUUCAUCAACAACCACCACUGCUGCCCCAACAACCACCACUGGCCCAACUUCAACAACCACUGUUCCAACUACAGCUACUGCUUCAUCAACAACCACCACUGCUGCCCCAACAACCACCACUGACCAGAGUUCCACAACCAGAAUUCCAACUACAACUACUGCUUCAUCAACAACCACCACUGCUGCCCCAACAACCACCACUGGCCCAACUUCAACCACCAUUGGCCCAACUUCAACAACCAGUGUUCAAACUACAACUACUGCUUCAUCAACAACCACCACUGCUCCCCCAACAACCACCACUGGCCCAACUUCAACAACCAUUGUUCCAACUACAGCUACUGCUUCAUCAACAACCACCACUGCUGCCCCAACAACCACCAUUGGGCCAACUUCAACAGGCAGUGUUCCGACUACAAGUACUGCUUCAUCAACAACCACCACUGCUGCCCCAACAACCACCACUGGCCCAACUUCAACAACCACUGUUCCAACUACAGCUACUGCUUCAUCAACAACCACCACUGCUGCCCCAACAACCACCACUGACCAGAGUUCCACAACCAGAGUUCCAACUACAACUACUGCUUCAUCAACAACCACCACUGCUUCCCCAACAACCACCACUGGCCCAACUUCAACAACCAUGGUUCCAACUACAGCUACUGCUUCAUCAACAACCACCACUGCUGCCCUAGAAACCACCACUGGCCCAACAUCAACAAGCAGUGUUCCAACUACAACUACAGCUUCAUCAACAACCACCACUGCUGGCUCAACAACCACCAUUGGGCCAACUUCAACAAGCAGUGUUCCAACUACAACUACUGCUUCAUCAACAACCACCACUGCUGCCCCAACAACCACCACUGGCCCAACUACAACAACUUUUAUCCCAUCAACAACUGGAGCCCAAUCAACAACAACUUCUGCUCCAUCAACUGCCAGCUCUUCAACCGCGAGCACCACUCAAACUACAACUGCUGCAGCAACCACGACUGCUGUAUUGAAAACAACUGAUGACUUGACAACAACCACCAUUGGCCCAACUUCAACAACCAGUGUUCAAACUACAACUACUGCUUCAUCAACAACCACCACUGCUCCCCCAACAACCACCACUGGCCCAACUUCAACAACCAUUGUUCCAACUACAGCUACUGCUUCAUUAACAACCACCACUGCUGCCCCAACAACCACCAUUGGCCUAACUUCAACAACCACUGCUCAAACUUCAGCUACUGCAACCACCACUCCAACCACAACCACAACUACUGCUGGCCCAACUUCAACAAUUUCCACUCCUUCAACACUAACCACUGCUCAAACUUCAGCUGCUGAUGCAACCACGACUGCUGUACCAACAACCAGCAACCCGAGUACAACAACUCCUGUUCAAACUACAACACCAAGUAUCCCUACAACAACUGCUACCCCAACAACCACCACUGGCCCAACUACAACAACUUUUAUCCCAUCAACAACUGGAGCCCAAUCAACAACAACUUCUGCUCCAUCAACUGCCAGCUCU